ACAUUAAAAUAACAUCCAAUGGUUUAAUGUCGUCUGCCCCUGCCAUUGGUCAAAUCAUUGCUUUACCGUUGUGUGGAAGAUUUGCAGAUUUUAUACUUUCAAAGAAAUAUCUCUCAACUCGUAUCGUUCGAGUUUUAUUCCAAAGCGUUUCUCUGAUUGUUUCAGCAUGUCUGUUGAUUGCCAUCGGAUUCCUCAGAUGUGACCAAACCAUUCUAAUAAGUAUUCUUUUGAUUCUAAGUGGUAUAACUCUAUCAUUUACCAGUGGCGGUGUUCUUGUCAACAACAGAGACAUUGCUCCAAAUUAUGCUGGUAUUAUAUUUGGAAUUGGUAACACGUUUGCCGUAUUGUUUGGAAGUUUUAGUUCCUUAUCUACAAAAGCUUUAACCCCAAACGGUACACAACAAGAAUGGCAGAUCGUGUUCGCCUUAUGUGCUGCUGUAUGUGUAGCUGGUGCGAUAUUAUAUGUGAUAUUGGCAAGAGGAGAAAUCCAAGAUUGGGCAAUUUCAGAAGAAUCCGGAUCGUCUGUCAAACCAAGAGAGACAAAAAUGAAUGAAAAAAUUUAACCUUCAAGAAGAGUGAACGUAAAUUUAUAUACAACAAAUUUAAGAAUUGUACUAACCAUUUCAAAAUAUUAUCUUCAGCAGUGAAUAAUUCAAUGAUAAACGAUAUUU